AUGUGGCGAGUGGGUCAUGGCAAAAGUAUUAAAGCUUGGGAAGAUAAAUGGAUUCCAUCUUCUGGUCCUAUGGUGUUUCGUAAUGAGGUGGCAUGGGAGUUGAAUAUCACUCAAGUGUUGGAUCUUCUUGAAGAGAAUGGAGGUCGAUGGAAAAGAAAUAUGGUUGAGUUGUUGUGCUGGCCUCCUACUGCUACAACAAUACUGUCUAUUCCCCUACCUAUGCAACCGCGGGAGGAUUGUUUCUUUUGGCUGGAGACUAUUAAUGGGUGUUAUAGUGUGAAAACUGGGUAUUAUUUUAUCAGGAAGAAGCAAAUGGAGGAGAAUGCAUCAACCUCAUCAACACCUUCUCUUUCUCAUGCGCAGUGGACAAAGCUAUGGAAGGCUGAAGUUGUUCCCCGCUGCCGAGAGACGGUUUGGCGCGCUUGUCUUGGCCUGUUACCGGUGAAGGACGUGCUUCACUGUCGGGGAGUGGUGCAAGACCCGUGUUGUCCAUGUUGCCCAGGGGUUCCAGAAACUAUCCACCACGCGUUGUUCUUUUGCCCGAUUGCUAAGCUGGUUUUAUUUGGAUCUCCAUUGGCCAUCCGUGUGGAUGUGGAGUGCUCUGUGCAACAAUUCUUGUCUCACUUCCUUGCUGCGGCGAAUCUUGAGGUGGCGGGCAUUCUUUUCACGCUGUUCUAUGCUUUAUGGCAGGUUCACAACGAGCUGGUAUACAAUGGGAGGGAAGCGAUAGUGGCCCAGGUGUUGCAGCGCGCUGUUGCGCUCCCUCCAUCGUUAGUUUUGCAGCAAGAUGCUCCUCCGGCUGGUCGCAAUCUACAGUCCUCAUGGCGGAAACCAGUUGCUGGUCUAUUCAAGGUAAAUUUUGAUGCUUCAAUGAAGGAUUCUCAUGAUGCAGGUCUGGGUUUUAUAGCCCGCAACAGCCAUGGAGAAGUUUUAGCAGCGGCAACCAUGGUGACUGGCCCAGUUCAGAACCCGGUGUUAGCGGAGGCUUUGGCGUUCCGGUGGGCUCUUGGAUUGGCGGCUGAGCUUGGCCUCCAGAGGGUAUGGUUCGAGUCUGAUUUUCUAGCUCUCGUGCAGGCUUGGGAGCGACAUGAUAGCGGUUUCUCGCAUUUGUACACUGUUGUCCGUGAUUGUCGUUUAUUGUUGUCUAACUUUGAUGCUUUUGAGUUCAGUUUUGUGCGUCGUACUGGUAAUUGUGCCGCUGACGCGUUGGCUCGUUUAGCUUUUCAUUUUGGUUGUAUAGUUUGGAUUGAAGAGGAUCCUUUGGAGGUUUCCUCUAUCAUCCAGGAUGAUGUUAUUGCCUCUAUGGCUUCUUCUUAA